AUAUAUUACAAUACGAGUGAUAUUAUCUUCUUUAUUACAGUAUUUACUUUGACAAAAUUAUGGCCACUUAUCUAGAAAAAAACGGUGCUUGCUAUGAAAGAAAAACCAAUUUACAGGUUCAUCCCGAAGACAGAAUCUCUAUAUUUGACCAUGUAAAUAUUGUUCCUAUGACUAAACGGUCAAAUGUAAAUGAAACAACUUGGCAAAAUGCCAUUUCAAACAACCGAUCAUUAAUAGUCGUAGAAAAAAAUGUACCUGGUCCAUGCACAGGCGCAAAGUUUCUUCAAAAUACCAAUGACAUAUGCCAUGUCAUUGGCAUGAUGUAUGAGAAACUUUUAACGGACUAUAAUACGGACCUAACGAACGAACAAUGUUUUAGGUCUAUUUCCAGAUUACGUACUGCUGCUUUUCAUGAUGGUUAUAUUUGGACACGAUUUACCAACAAAUUGGCAGUUUAUGGGAUGGAAAUGUGGCACAUUUCUUUAUUAGUAACAUAUAAAUCUAGUCGAAACAUUCAAGUUCAUAGGCCGUAUUGGAAUAUUAGACCAGAUGUGCCGAGGCUAGAACAGCGGCAAAACGCUCUUGCACUUUUAAAUACCGCUAAUCAGAAUAGUCGUUUUGCCGAGGCAUUUCAAUUAUGCACAUCUUGUGUGUAUGAUACUCAAUAGGACAAAAGCUUAUAAACAAAAAUAA